AUGUCAUUUUCCGGCAGAAGGAGGAGAUCAGCGGUGUACUCUUCAAUGGUGGUCUUGCUGGUCAUCUUCUUGGUACUUCAGAUAUGGGCGUUGAAUAGCGAUUGUUGUAGGGUUAGUGCAAUAAGAACGUCACUAUCACCACCAUCACAACUACCACCGCCGCCACCACCACCACCACCAUCAUCACAAUCCUCAUCUGCAAAAGAUUCCGACGAGAUCAAACGAUCGGAGCUUUACAGAAGGUUCUUCAAUGGCAGAUUUGCUCGUCUCAACUCCACCACUGUUUCAAAAGAUAAAAGCUUUCAAGAAAACAAAAGAAGAGUUCCCAGUUGUCCAGAUCCUCUUCACAACUAA